GGAGCGGUCGAGAGCGGCGGUGUGUAUGGCCAGGACGGACAAGUGGUGCGAGUUAGAAACAAGACAAUAGUUUACGAUCAAAAUCAUAAUAUUAUAUCUCAGACUGAAACGAGUACAGAGUAUGGAUCCUUGGGGCACGAAGGUGAAGCUGGCAGUUCUUUUAAUACGUACGUGAACAGUCAAGCGGGCAACCAAAACCGAGGAUCCGGGCAAAGCUUCGUUCACGGCUCGUGGUCCACGACGGAGACCGUCAACCCUGACCUCUUCAAAGCCGGCUCCAGCAAGUUCCGAGGGCAGUCCAGUGUCACCGUCGUGGGCGAUGAGGACGAAGACGAGAUAGGCGGCUUCGGAGCGUACGCCGCGAGCAACCCUAACAACGAAUUCAGAUUCGGUAUCGCCGAUGUUUCUGGAAGUCAAGGAAACCAAGCUUCAGGAAGUGCCCAAAGCGGCUCCGGUGGUUUUUCUAACUCUGGUCACCAGUCGAGCUACGGGAAUGCUCAGAAUUCUGGAUACCAAGGCGCAGGAGGAUACCAAGGAGGCAGUUAUCAGGGAGGAGGCGCUUACGCUACCAGCGGCGGCAGCAGCUACUCAUAUUCUUCGCAAACAGGUGGCCAAAGCAGUUACAGCUCUCACUCGGGCGGCAGUUUCGGGGCACAGUCGCAGCGCCGCGAGAGCACCAGACGCCGUCGACAGGAUCAGGUGGAUCUGGAAUUGAAGGAGAUACUACAGAAGUGCGAG